UAUACUAUGAAUAAAUAUUAGUUGUGGUCUCCCACAGUCCACUUUUCCUGGUUUGCUCCAUGUCAAGACUGCGUCUUGAAUAUUUCGCCAACCUCAAGAACUCAAUCAAAAUGGCGAUCGAGCCGUCGUCGUUCUCCGGCACAUGGAAGCACCAGCGCUGGAAAGAGAGCCCUAUUUAUCCCGACAUUGUCUCCGCUAACAAAGCCAUAACAUCCAGCUACCAAGCUGGGGAAAUCGAACGCGCCCGCCAGCUUUUCGACGAAAUGACACACCGAACGGUCGUUUCGUGGAACACCAUGAUUACCGGAUACACCAAAUUGAACAUGUUUCCCGAAUCUCUACGCUUGAUUUCUCUCAUGCAUCUUUCCAACGUCAAGCUCAACGAGACUACAUUUUCCGUCUCUCUAAGCGUAUGCGCUCGUGCGCAUUCUCUAAUCAGCGGGCAGCAGGUCCACGGGCUGGUCUUCAAAUCAGGGCAUCAAAAAUUCAAGCUUGUGGGAAGCGCAUUGCUGUACGUAUACGCUAGCUGUCGUCAAAUCGGAGAUGGGCGAAGGGUGUUUGAUGAGUUAAGCCAAGAGAACGAGCUGCUGUGGAGUUUGAUGUUAAUGGGUUACGUCGAGUGUAAUUUAAUGAGAGAAGCUCUGAUUGUGUUCGACAAAAUGCCAAUAAGGGGUGUGGUGGAGUGGACAAAUUUGAUUUCCGGGUUUGUAAAAAGUGACGAUCAUGGGUGCAAGAUAGCGUUAAAGAUGUUCAAGAUGAUGAGGGAGAGUGGCGAGGCUGUUCCGAACGAGAUCACUCUGGAUUGUGCAGUGAGAGGUUGUGCUAGAUCGGGGGAUUUCUCGAUUGGAAAGUUGAUUCACGGGCUUAUAAUCAAAUCCGGAUUCGAGUACAAAAGUUCCAUUAGUGGCGCCUUGAUCUCUCUGUAUUCCAGCUCUGAAUCCAUGGAUGACGCAGAGAAGGUUUAUCAUAGUGUCUCGAGCCAAUCGUUGGAGGAUUCGAACGAGCUAAUCCGCGGGCUUCUGAAGUUGGGUAAGAUAGAAGAAGCUGAGUCGAUUUUCGGCAAUAUGAUUGAUAAGAAUCAAGUUUCUUACAAUCUGAUGAUUAAAGGGUAUGCAACAUGUGGUCGAUUCGAGGAUUCGGAAAAGUUGUUUGAGCAAAUGCCUAUCAGGAUCUUGAGUUGUCUGAAUACCAUGAUCUCGGUAUAUGGGAGAAGUGGUAAGAUUGACAAAGCUUUGGAUCUUUUCAAAGAGGCGAAAGGAGAAUCGUGCCCAAUUAGUUGGAACUCGAUGAUUUCGGGAUAUGUGCAAAACGAUCUAUUUAAAAAUGCAUUUGAACUAUACCUAACCAUGCGAAGAUCGUUGAUAAGCGAAACUAGAUCCACCUUCUCUGUUCUUUUCCAUGCAUGUGCUUGCAUGGGGUGUCUUCAACAAGGGCAAAUAUUCCACGCCCAUGUGGCGAAAACCCCGUUUUCUUCCGACGUCUACGUCGGCACAUCCCUCAUUGACAUGUACUCCAAAUGCGGAAGCAUCUCCGACGCGAGAGCAUCUUUUUCUUCAAUAUCUUCCCCCAACGUGGCGGCAUGGACGUCUCUAAUCAACGGGCACGCCCACCACGGACUGGGAUCCUCAGCGGUGGCACUCUUCGAUUUUAUGGUGGACCAGCGGGUAGCACCUAACGGGGCGACUUUCGUGGCGGUUUUGUCCGCGUGCGCACGGGCGGGUUUGGUGGACGAGGGGAUGAAAUUGUUCCGUUUGAUGACAGAGCGUUACCUCAUAACUCCGGUGCUGGAGCACUAUACUUGCAUUGUGGACCUCCUCGGACGAUCGGGGCUCGUGCGUGAGGCGGAGGAGGUUAUCGAGGGGAUGCUGGUUGGAGCGGAUAGUGCUGUGCUGACCUCGUUGCUACACUCGAGUUGGUUCUGGAUGGACGUGGAGGUGGGGGAGAGGGUGGCUCGGAAAAUGUUCGAGUUGGAUCCUAAUGACCAAUCGUCUGCAUGUGUUAUUAUGUCGAACAUGUAUUCGAGAUCGGGUGAGUGGGGGCAGAAGAUGGAGAUGAGGGAUAUGUUGAGAGAAUUGGGUGGUAAGAAGGAUGUUGGGUGUAGUUGGAUUGAUGUCCACAAUAAUACAAACCAUGUGUCUUCAUCCCCUGUGUAAAUAUAGAGAGGAAUCGAAAA